UUUAGCAAAAAUCACGCGAAAACCGUCUGUCUUAGAAUUUUUCAAUUCCUUUCCUUUUCCUUGGGCCUAAGACUUGGAAUUGUAGUCGUACAGUCCAUUGGAAUCUAGAUUUGACUUGGGAGCGAAAUUUUGAAGUGAAGAUCUUGGAAUUUUGCUUUGGCUUUUGAUCGAAAGUCAGUCUCGAACACAUGGCGACUUCAAGCGAACAACAAACACACCAAAUGCAAGAUUUKCCUUGUUAUACCAAGAGAAAAUUAGACACAGAAGAAUCUUACAUGCCUUUAGUCUACGAAAAUGGCGUAUUUACUCCAAAAUCUGAGAAAAGGCAGCGUUUUAAUGGGAGUUACAGCGAGAUUGAAGGACAAAGUCUGGGGCAAAAUAAUUUUUCCGUGAAUUCAGAUGCCGAAGCCUUGAACGCGUCGCGAUCGCAUGAUCAAAACAUGGAAGAAGAUAAUGAAAUGAUGGAAGAAAAGACUUAUUCUAACAAUAUGGAGGAAAACUCAGAUCAAAAUAUGAAUGUAGAAGGAAUUUGUAACGGAGUUUCGAGCGAAAUGAGAACAGAGAUCACAAAACCAACCAUUGGUGUUGAUCAUGUCAACUUGCCAAGAACAAAGACUUUGAACUGCACAACACCAAGUGUGCAUUCAUUCUGUUUCCAAGGUGGAUUACUAGACAACAUGUUGGUCAAUUACCAUGGUCUGUAAGCAUGACAUUCACUCAUUUAUUGCAUGAGAUAGGACUCAACAAAUCACAAGGCAUAUACAAAGUUUUAAACCAGGGUCAUAAUUAGAGGCAGGUAAAAGGUCUCCUCCAUCUCAGCAUUUAAGAGGUGUCUUUUUCU